GGUACUUUCAAGGGUCCAUUCCUGCGGUGCUAACGAGCGAUCCCGAGAUGAUCAAACAAGUGUUCGUCAAAGAUGACAAGACAAUCACGGGAAGACAGGUGUUCACGUACGUCACAAAGCCACUGCUGCUCAACCAGGUACGCCUCACCAGGGUGUUCGGUCAAGACUGGAAGGAGCUUCCAGGCCUCGUAUCUCCAACAUUUAAAGGGUCCUACAUGAAACAGGCGGUCCUGAUAAUGAAAGAUCGCACCAAGCUGUUCGCGGAGAUGAUAGAGGUGGCCUCCAAAAAGCAGGGUGGAGUGGUGAACAUGCACGACCAUGUGCUGCGUUUGGCCAUGGACGUAGCCGUGGGCGUCUUUCACGGCAAUCGGACAGACGUGCAGCGCGGAGACGAGGCGGCCAGUAAACUAUUGCACAAGUGCAGGCAGUGCACAGGAAUGUUUGAAGAAAGCAAAAUGGUGCUCAUAAAUUCUAUUUCAGAGUUACUAUUUCUCUUCAAGCCGCUGCUGAAGUAGGGCCUAUCUGGAGGUGUUCCCAUGGACGCUGUACUUGCCUACUUUGGGCCACUUUUCGAAAAGAGGAGGCAAAUGAAUGGCGUAAACAAGGCAGAUCUUCUGCAGACGCUCCUAAACGCUGAAUCCGAAGAUAGCCCAAGGAUAAAUUUUCAACCAGUGGAGAACAACGAUAACUGCGGACGAAAGAAGCCACAUCUCACGUGUCGGACACGAACACUGGCUAACGGCACGUUAUUCAUAAUUGCUGCGAUUGAUGCUGUUGCCACACCACUUACGUUUGCGACGUAUCUCCUGGCGAUGCACCAAGACGUACAAGAUAAACUGAGGGAAGAAGUUCAGAAAGCAAUAGCGAAAGAUGGCGAAAUAACGUAUGAAAAUGUCUGCGGCAUGGAAUACCUGGGCCAGGUGAUUUCUGAAACGCUCCGGAUGUAUCCAUCCCUUCACGGGUUCGUGCAAAGGGCGUGCGACGAAGAAUAUGAAUACAAGGGCACGGUGUUUCCUAAAGACACGGUCAUCGGAGUGCCCGUGCUGAGGAUGCAUUACGACCCGAGGUUCUGGAACGAGCCGGAAAAGUUGGAUCCCGACAGGUUCAGUAGUGAAAACAGGCCCAAGAUAAACCCAAUGGCGUACUUGCCUUUCGGCGCCGGCCCCAGAAACUGCGUCGCAUCACGGUACUCGGAGCUCUUAAUGAGGGUGACCCUGGCCACGCUUGUCUCCUCGCACAAGUUCCUGCCAAGUUAAAGUGAACCGAAGACAACGGGAAGCUUCCGAGCGAGUUUUAUCCUCCUGGUGCCCGACAAAGGAAUAUGGCUGCGCACGGAGAAACUGUGGUCGCACUGAGACGGCCCAUCACACGCCAUCUUUCGUUCUGCGAAUCUGGACAUUAUAACGAGGAUAACUUGCAUGCGCUGCUGGCUAAGCGCAACAGAAUGAAGCGUUUGUACAGUGAUCCUAGCUGCGAAAGGGCGGAGCGAAAUCAAAAGCUUCCUCCACGCACCUGUAAAUUUGAGGUAGCUGACGCGCUUCAAGAAUUAAAAACAAACGAUGCACUCUAGGCUGACUACAUUUGGAGGUUACGC